CAGGGGGAGAGGCACACUGCUCUGCUCACACUACAGCCGGGUGUGGCGCACACAGUGUAGUGAAACGAAAGUCCACACGUUUGUCUGUAUCAGUGUGAGUUCAGUGUUUGAUUGCAUCAUGGCUGAGUGGAAGAAGAAAUGUGAGGUGGAGUGGGGCCUGCAGGGAGCUCCGAUGCCGGACGGUCUGGACUGGAAGUCCACGUAUGAAGCCAAACCGCUGGGGAGGAACUUACUGAAGAACCCCUCACCUCACGGCGUGAGUAAGGACGAGCCUGAAUCAGAUGAAUCUGCUAUGGAUCAAAGGCCAAUGCGAGGACCUAUCCGAUUUGCUCCUGAAGGUGACUUCAUUGGCUGGACCACCAGUACAGAAACCAUCCCUGAAGACAGAAGUGGCAUCCCAGAGGGUGUUGUUAUCUGUUCAUCGAGUCGGUACAGCUGGUUCUCCUUGGUGCAGGUUGUGGACCUGAAGGCGGAGGGACUGUGGGAUGAGCUGCUGGAUAAGUUUCAACCUGAAAUAGUCAUCCAGGACUGGUAUCAGGACAGCCAGCUUCAGGAGCAGGUCUACGAGCUGCACGUGAAGUUACUUGGUGCAGAUAAAAGCAAGGUGAUCUCAGAGCGAUCCAUCCUGCCCACUGAAGACCGUAACGCUGAGUCAAAAACCUGGAAGGAGGUGUCACACGUGUUCUCCGGUUAUGGACCUGGGGUGAGAUAUGUCCACUUCCAGCACCGUCUGAAGAACAUGUCCAUGGAUGGGAUGGUGCGCGGGUUCUACGAAACGAAGUCCAGUGACAGCUCGGUGAUCGUCAAACCAACCAAAACCAGCUCCUAAUCCUGCUUAGAACUGCAGAGCAGAUAUACAGCUUACACAUUCAAUAUAACCAGCGUUAUCAACACUUAAUGCCUUUAAACCAGCUAUCCUUUGCUUUGUUUUAGUGCACUGAUGAAAAUUACAAACCGUGCCUUCAUCUGUGUUUUUAUAUGCUGCUUUUAUACAUUUUGUUAUCCUGAUUGAACGGAUUUUGCACUUCUUUAAAUUUAAUUUCUAAAGAUCUAUAUGGUGGUUUGUGCAAUAAAUAAACUUUUAAAUUCUCA